GAACGCGGUAGCACAGCGCAAACACUACUGUGAGGACUGAUCAUGGAGAUGAUGUACGUUUUAAAACGAUUAAUGUACUGGAGUAUCUUUUGCUAGGCCUUCUAAUUUCCUUAAGUUACAGCGAUGCCUGGAUUCAUAUUGGGAAUAUUUUUUUUGACUGUCACUAGUGUCAAUGCUAUAGCAUACAUUGAUCAACCGUCAAAUAAGUCGGUUACCAUCGGUAACGAUGUCGUUUUGCGAUGUACUGUCUCCAACAAAGGUGGAUCUAAACUUUAUUGGCAAAAAUUAGACGUAACUGGGUAUAAAUUCAUCAGCAUGGAUGGAAAUAUUGAUCCCUAUGGGAUUUACAGUCGUGAUAUCAAGUCUCGUUAUUCCGUAGUUGGAGACCAUAAUUUAGGUGAAUAUAAUUUGAAAAUUGAGAGAGUAAAAAUUGACGAUUCUGGAAAAUAUGUCUGUGUAUACUUUGAAAGUGGGUACGGAAGGUAUUCUCGUAUUGCGAAAUUAAGUGUAAUGUGGCCAGCACCAGAACCACCACAUUGCCAGGUAACAUACAGUUCCAGCUCUCGGAGAGUAUCAUUGAUAUGUUUGUCUCGUGGGGGACAGCCUUUGGCGUCGCUAGCGUGGAAAAAUGGAAAUAUGAACUUAAAAGGAACGGCACGAAAAACUGACGAUGUGUCUUUAAAUAUUUAUCAACCGGGUUCGCGAACAUUUACGGGAAGUACUUUCACGUGCGUGGCAAUUACGCCUGCAUUAAACAUCCCUCGUACUUGUACUGUACUCCCAGUUUACAUAAAUUGGCAACGGAACCAAUUACAUACAGGGGAUGAUGUUACCUUGACUUGUAAGGUGUUUUCAAAUGAGAACGAUUUGGCAAUUUCAUGGCAAAUUAACUACGAACAGGUUGCGAAUUCCGGAAAAUUAACAGAAUUUAAAGAUGGAAAACGAAAGUUAGUAAUAUUUGAUCUCGAUAUAUCAGAUACUCAGAUGAAAGUGACGUGCAUAGUUCGGAUUCGGAAUGGACUCACGGGAAAUGCUACCGAAACACUAAUCAUCAAUAAUAAGGAAUCUGCUGUUUAUAUGACCACGUACCCCACCACUAUUCGUACGACCUUGAAUGAUUUCCACGAAAUCACAAAAACCGCACACACUUCCACCAGAGUAAAAUUGCCAAAUAGUAGCAAUAUUAUUACCGUAUCUACAAAGUCCAUAACUACUUUACAACGACAUUUAACUGAUGGAUCAAAUUUUAGCGCCAUUGAAGGCACUGUAAUUUAUGGUGGUCCCUUUCCGGGUCCUCCUUUUGAAGUUGGAGGUGGCGGGAAAAGUCCUUUAUUUUAUAAGAUUUUUUUGUCCGCUGUGAGUAUUGUCACGUUUUUACUUUUUAUCCUGGUGAUUGCUUAUGCAAUGCGUUACCACAGAGCAAGGGCACUAUCGCAACUAGCUAACCGACGACAGCUUGAAGAUAAAUGUAAAGACAGUGUACCAAUGACUGGGGUAUUGAGUGAUAUGGCAAGUGAAAGUAAGAGGUCUGAUAAUGAUGAUAGCGGAAUAUCAUAUGGUACUGAAAUAGAAUCAAAUAUUGACUGCAGUACUCUUGAAUAUAAAGAAAAUAAACGCAUUAUAGGCACAUAUCCAGAUCUCAUUAUUAGUCAAGAUACGAACAUUAUAGAUGAGAAAAAAGUGGAACCAAUAUAUAUGUCUCUUAAUAAUUGUUCUGACGAAGAAUCUGGAGAUGAAAUAAAAGACCAGAAAGUAACAAAUUUGCACCCUGUCUAUAUGAUGCUUGACCGAGAAGCAGAAAAAAGGGAUGAAGUUUAUAGUUGUGUUGAUAUCAGGCCUAGGAAUUAUAUUAAUCAAACUCAAAAUUCAAAUGACACUGAAUAUACAGAUAUAAACACGCAGAAGCAUCUGUACGCUGUUCUCGAAGACGACUCGGAGAAGAGUCUUGUAGUAAGUACAAGAUCGGAUCUGCGAGAAUGUGAAUUUAGUAGCAGUGGAUAUUUUAGUGGAGAGUCCCCAUGCGAAUACGAAGAACUGCCUGAAAGUUUACCUGAUCUUAAAACUCACCACCCUGACCCAUCAUGCGCAUACGCGGUCACAGAUCUUAGGCAAGUAAGACGCCCUCUACGACCAUCUUUGAAACAAACUUUGUGGCUAAAAUUAACCAGAAAUAAUAGUAGGUCUAAUACGUUGAAAGAUGGAGAACAUAUUUCUAGACGUAGUCUCCCAAAACCAUCACGUAAUAAGGAUAUUAAUUGUGACAACACGCAUGGCAUAUUAACUAAAACUUCCAGCUGUCCACUUGUUGUACCAAUGGGUACAGAAAACCCACGGGCAACACCUAUGGACUCGCCUUCACAGUUCAGAAAUGCACAUUUUAUGGCCAAUAGACCCCUAAUUAGUAGACCAAUAUUUGGUAGAACCGUGAGUACAGAAAGAGGAAUAGUUGUUACAGACGAUUAUGCCGAACUAGAAAUUAAUCCCUCGUUUUCGGAAAGUCAAACAGACGAUACGACGUAUGAAUCGCUUGAGGAAUACGCAGUAGUUCAGAAAAGUCCCACCAAACAGAAACUUCAGAGAGCGAAUGAGAAUAUUCCUGGCCUUAAACUUAGCCCAUCUUUCCAAGGUAGAAAGCUCCCAAAAAUUAAAAAGUCAGCGUCAUGUCAUGGGUGCGGUUCUCCAAAUGCAGAUCGUGGAUUUUUUAGUUCCAGUUCGGAAGAGGAAGUAGGAAAUAUAGGACCGCAGACACCUCCUAGAAUUUUGAAGAAUUACAAACGCAUUGAUCAGAUUCGCAAAGACGAGGCACGUUUGAAACGCGCCUCUUGGCCAAAUCGUAUGUCACCAAAAACAGAGAAACGCAGUGGAAAUUCUAACAUAUAUUCUGUUUUGGAUGUAGACUAAUAAUGUCGAACAGCUUUUGUUUCAAGUUGCGAUACGGAGCACGUAGUCAUACCUAGCGCCUUUUAACUGUCGGAAUAAAAUGUACGGACCAAGAGCUCAUAUAGGCCUAUAAGCGCUUAUUAUUGUAAAGGCAUUUUAUUAAAAAGCUAAGCAGAUUAAAACAAUUCAUAAAAAAACUAUGAAUCUAUAAGUAUUGAUAUAAAUUUUAUUAAAUAAAUAAUAAAUCAAUUAUGAAAGUAUAUAAAUUCUGCAGACAAUAUAUAUUUAGUUAUAAUACUGUAUCACAUUUGUAAAAUUUGAAUUUAUAGAAUUUGCGCAUAAACUUUUAACAAAAGCCUGUAUUUUUUGGCAUUUUCAUAAAAUAUUCCAGACAUUACCAAUGAUUAAUCGCUUAAACCACAUGAUUACGUUGUAUUGAAUCCCCGUAAUUAACUAGCUGCACUUUCAUACUUUUAUUAACUAAUAAUAAAUAUUAAAAUAUUCCAAUAAUUUUAUUUUAUAUUUGAUUUGUAAAAUUAACUUAUGGGUAAAACAUGUACCGGUAUCCGAUUCGGAUUGUACUGUCUCUACAGUACCAUGUUUUGUGUCUACUGCCCCAAGGGGAUGUAGACACUUAGCUAUCGACUUACUUUAAGUUGUGAGAUUAAAUCCGACUGGAGGAAUGACGGAAUGCCAUGCAUUAGUAAGACAUUAUACCUCCAUGGUAAGACCUGUCUUAGAAAGAAUUAAAAAAAAGUCAACAGUCUGUUAUUUGUACAGUUAUUCCGACCAGUGAAUUGCCAACAGGGAAAGCGUGGCUGGGUUAAGCUGGGAGCCUAUUUUUAAUAAUUUUAGCAAUGAUAGUCAUCUUGACAUUUUGACUGCUAUUCAAAAUUAUAAACGACAAUGUGAAAUAUAAUCGUACACUUUUAAUCAUUGUGGUAGACAUUAUUCGAUGACGUCAUAUUGCAAUAGAUAUUAUUCCAUGAUGUAUUAUUAUGCAUGGCAUAGACUGUUGAAUAUACUACCGAAUUAUUCCAAUCGGUUGGAUCGAAGGAAUUUAGUCUGCUAAUGCUGCAGUAAUAAGACUAUUAACAGAUAUAAUUGUAUGAUUAAAUAUUGAUAUCAGAUUACGUAGCCUGUUGUGAAUUUGCCUGGUUUAUCGAGGAACAUGCUGCAGGCACAUAAAUAACUUCCCAGCGCUGAUGAGGAAACACAUCAUAAUGCUUUCCAUAACUUCGAUUUUACAUUCAAAUUUCACUUAAUAUAUUCAUGCCUAUCGGAUUUCCAUAGUAACAGUGAUAAUAAAUAUGUUCACUGUAUUAAAAACUUCAACAGAAAUCGCAGAUGGUAAAUAGGUCUAUAUAUGUAGCUUAUAGUUCAAUGUCUUUGAAUAAGGAAAUGAAUCUGACGUGUGGGACGUCUUGAAAAAGGAAACCAAAAUAUAAUGAUAUAAAAAUAGUAACGCUUGUCAUUACUGUAUUUGACUUUUUAUAACAUUUCGUAGAUCCUAUGUAAAGAUUAAUGCCAAUUUAAAUAAUUCAAACGACAAUGUUCAAAUGUAAAGACAAUCAGAAAUUGGGUAGAUUAUAAAUAUAUGCAAUGCGCUUAAUGUG